GUAAAAAGAGUAUUUUUUUUCUUGAAAUCGCCGAUUACGUUUUGAAGAAGACUUGCGUAUCAACAUCUCAGAAAGUGAUGGAGAAACAAACACUCCUUCUUUGGUUUGCAACAGCUCUGCUUUUGCUACUGUCCUCAAAAGAAUCCUCUGGCAGCUUUUUCUCCUCGUUGCAGUUCACCCGUGAUUCUCUAAUGAGCUUUUCUAGUGGCUCCGAACGAACGGUGCAGAUCCUCACGCCGAAGAAAACGACAAAAACUGUUAUGAAAAAAGUACCUGGGGUCCGUCCUACGAAAGCCAAGAAGAAAACCAAAGUUACAAAGUACUCGGUUAUUCACAAAAGUGGCUGGGGGGCUGGUCCUAAACGAGCGCCACGAACGGAACCUCCACCAACGAAACUUGUCCCGGUUACAGAAACAGUUGUUACAUAUCAAAACAAAAGAAAGGUGUAUCGUCGACGUUCUUCACCUUCUAACAAGUUCUUAGAGGCAAUCAACGAUAUUGAGCGAGCCGUAGCUAAUGCAAAAGCUUCUGGAAUACGCUUCAGCGCCCGGACGUUGAAUAAACUGAAAGCUCUUGUGGAGAGAGCCAUACGGAGUAAGAGCUAUAAAUACGCAAGACAGGUAAGACUAAAGACAUCUUAAAUGUUUGCAAUCGCUUAUAUUUCCCGUUACAGUCUUCAUUGUAUCCUGCUCUCCCUUUAUCUGUAUUAUGUUUUAGUUUUUUUUUUGGUUCCAUCUCUGAUCAUAGGUUAUCUUCAUUUUAGUUCAUUGCGAAUGUUAAGCGAAAAACCCGAAGGUCGUAAUGGGAUAUCGUCGUCGGGGUCAAUCGAUAUCCCAACCCCCCGUACCCAGGGUCUAAUUGUACUCUUCGGAGUCUACUGACCUCUUCUCGCAGGCCAGGACCGUCGCAGGAACUUGUUGUUGUUUUUGUUGUUGUUUAUUUCACGGAAAACUAAGUUACGCUCUCUUUACCUAGCCCCACAGGUGUGUUCUUAAAAUAUUUGGGGUGAAAUGGAUCCUGUCCACAAUUCUCCUGCCUCCUGAGCCACUCUUAGAGAAUAAUCGUUUUCAACUUAAGCUCGUAAAUACAAACAGCGGCUUAUUCGCUGUGUAUAUUAUUAAUACCCGGCAGCCGGGAAGGGUCUUAAAUAUCAUGAAUGCCCGGCAGUCAGAAAGUGUUGUAGAAUUUCUUCACAAUCCCUUUUGCUGACCUCUUGAAAGUAUUCUAUCUUCAGUGAGAAUUACCAAGUGAUCAGGCCUAAAACAAGAGUGGCAUUUAGUCUUAUUUAUUAAAAAAACCUUACGGCGUAUAGCCAUAGCGUUUAUAAGUUACAUGGUUUUGUGUUCUUUGUUUUUUAGGUCCUUGGUCAAAUUAUGUACUUAUUGAGCACCAAGCCAGCGCCUCCUGGUCGCAAAAAGAGAAGCUCGCAGAGCGAAGGGCAAGAAUUUCUUCGAGGCCUUCGCCAGAGAGUUGGUAGCGAUACCUUUGAUAGUUUUAUGGCUGUACAAGGCGAUGUCUCCCUGAUGUUCGUUAUAGAUGACACAGGAAGCAUGAGGGAAGAAAUCGAAGCAGCAAAAAGCAUUGCAAUAGAUAUCAUUAAUUACCCGCGAGAGGCCCCCAUCGUCACUUACAUCCUGUCGCCAUUUAAUGAUCCGUAUCCACCAGGUUAGUUGAAAUGAAAAUGAUGAUGAUGACGACGAUGAUGGUGAUGGUGAUGAUGAUGAUGAUGACGAUGAUGGUGAUGAUGAUGACGAUGACGAUGACGAUGACAAUGACGAUGACGAUGACGAUGACGAUGAUGAUGAUGAUGAUGAUGAUGAUGACGAUGACGAUGACGGUGAUGGUGAUGGUGAUAAUGAUGAUGAUGAUGAUGUUUCGAUAGAGAAGGGUUCAGAAUUCGAACUUUAUUAGUGAAAACCAAGAGCCAUAAUAGGACUAUUAUGGCUCUUGUGAAAACCAGUUAAGGCCCUGAACUAUCCUCUUAUUAUAUUGCCGAGUAAUUAUUAAAUACUGUCAAUAUAGUCAUUACUUUAAUAGGAAAAAAGAAUGAACCUCCAAGAGGAGUCCUUUUAAAGGACGUGCCCAAAGUGUUGAAAAUUAGCUUCAUACAAUCAGAGACAUUAGCCAGCGGCGCGGAAUUUCUGCGCUGGUUCCUCAUACGUCAUUUCGCAUGGAAACCAGCGGUGGCGUCUCGAAAUGUUGUCUGUUUUCAGGCUGAGUUCAUUGAGAAUGAGUCUAUUAACCCUUUCACUGCCAAAUGUAGCCAAAGGCAAAUUUCGACCAGAUUUUUAAUUUCAUUUUGUAAAAUUUUGUAAAACAAAUAGCACCAUGUGUGAGUACAGGCAGAGAGCUUUCAUUUGAAUGGCCACAUCAUAGGAUUUCGUCCACAGACUCACAAGUUAGAUUCACCUUACAAAACUCCAUCAAACACUCUGGCAGUGAAAGGGUUAAACCAUUUUUUGUUGUUGUUGUUUUUGUCGUUGACACAGAUGCACCACCCGUAAUUGUGAAAGAAGAGACCGAAGCCGGUGAAUUUGUAGCAGAAAUCAACAAACUGAGAGCCCAUGGGGGCGGGGAUUGCCCGGAGUAUACCUUCAAGGGAAUGCUAGAGGCUUUGUACCAAGACCCCGCAUGGGGAUCCCCUAUGUAUGUAUUCACAGAUGCGGGUCCAAAGGAUGCUACAGAGUACGACAUCGAAGAAGUAAAGGCCUUGGCAAGCGCUGAUGAAUAUGGCGUGACCAUCAACUUUUUCACUACCGGUAGGAUAGCCUCCUGUAGAGACGGUCUUAUGGGUUCGUCACACUUUCCUGUCGCGUGACAAGCAGAAAGGCAUUCUGUGUGAAAAGCUAAUAGGAUGUUAUCCAAACUUGAUUGCUUUGUUAACAGCUCUUUUUACUUGCAAUGUUUAACAAUUUAACCCUUAAUUCUUUUAAUGAAGGUAUGCUACCAACUUUAAAAUCAUUACUGGUUGAAUGUCCUAAGAGACGUUCUACUGAAACCUUGGCCUUGAAAUAUUUCCCUUGUUCGAUGUCAAUAUACCCUUUUUUUGGCAAAAAGUAUAACGCUGUAAUUUUCUGCACGGAAGUCUGAAAAGGCCAAAAGGCCCAAAAAAAUUUCCUCUGGUGUUGCUCAAACUAGGCGAAUUCCUGGUAUGUCUUGAGGUCAUUUCUCUUGACUUGAAAUCUUGAUUUAUAAUUAGGUGUAUAUAUGGUUAUACUGGCAAUAUAAUGCUAGAGGAAGUGUCCUUGCUUUGAACUAGCAUCCUGUCCAGUGUACCAAGGAAAUAAUGCCCCAGGCGUUCAGAUUGGGGGGAUCUCGCAAAAAGAUGUGUGCAGGAAUAACAGCGAGGGGGUAGGGUAGUAGGCGGUACGGGUUCCCCUCCCUCUCUCCCUUCCUAUUUUUCCCCACUCUGACUGCGCGCUGCACUCUACUAUCUUAAAUCCCUGGAACAAGCUACGGAGAAGUAAAAAAUCUUCUUUAUUUUUAAAAUAUAGGCUUCUGCACUAGUCAGGGUUACGACGGAAGAGAUCCAAGAAACCUUCACCCGGCUUUCCGCGAAUUAGCUGAGUUUACUUCCGGGCAGGCCAUCCUCCUCAAAGACCAGUGGGAGCUGGAACAACUCAACAAUUUGACGAAUGGAGUGCUGCAAGGUGACAAUGUGGUGAGCUUUGGAUCGAACACGUCGAACAGGAAGAAACGUAGUGUAAGUGGGGCAGAUAGCCGGUACAGUAUUCCAGUGGAUGACUCCAUCGAAGAAAUGACUGUCACCGUAACCACCACGCUGAUAGAUACCAAAGGUUUGUGAUAGUUCAUUUUGGGAGAAAAGGAGGUGAAGAUAAGGGCUUUCUUUUCAGCGUCCAAUAGGAGUUCUUUGAGCAAGCGCCCGAGUAAUAGAGACUUCUAGCACUGUCUUUCUUCAACACGAUGUAUAAGCGUGCUUCAUCUCCCAUGCUAAGUUCAUUUAGCUGAGCUCAUUUCUCUAACAGAUCCAUCUAACUCAUUCCCAGUUUACCUCUCUUUUUCUUGUCCCCUGGAGCAUGAAGGGACUGGAGGAAGAGAGGGCCCGGUAACGAGGUUUGAAAGAUCGUUAUGAGUUCUCAACACAACAUUAGUUCGAGUAAAUGAAAACAAAAAACGUUAUUGUAGGAGCUAAGAGCUUUAUGCUAACUCUGUCCUUCUCAAAGGUCGCCUCUCCGUGCCACUCGGAGAAGGGAAACGAAAUCACUUUUUUUUUAAUCUCUAAGUGUCCCCAGUAUACUUUACUAACAUAUGUUUCGUUUAUUUCCUCUCAGGGCGAGGAAUAACGUUACAAGACCCAGAUAACAUCGUGACACCUGGCAAAUUAGGUCUUUCCCAGAUCUCCGUCUUUGAGAUCCACAACCCCAAGAGAGGAGCCUGGACCCUUACUGUGUCUGGUGGAAAUGGUGGGCAUGAGUUCUUUGUUAAGUCAAGCAGCGCCACUAACGUAGAUUUUGAACACUACUUUCUGGUUGAAAUGCCAGGCCGCGGGAGACGAAUGGUUGAAGUACCCACUUCCAAUCCAAUAAUUGGUAAGUCGUUUAUAUUUUUUUGCUGUGCGCUGAUAUAGGAGAUUAAAGGAAACGUCCCUUAAACAUCAGGAUUGCGUAAAGAAACGGGAGCCUUUCGUUGAUGAGGUUACAAACUGUAGCAUAAAAAAAUAAGUUUUGCAGUCCUUAUAGACUGUGAGCUGUCUUUUUUUUUUUGCUUGAAAAUCUGUGAGAGCGCGCGCGCGCGCCGGAUAAUGCGAGUGUCCAAGGUGUGCGAGCGGGCAACGAGUUGUGCCGGGUUUGCUCGUACUGGCGCCCGCAGACCACACACAACUCGCUGCUCGCGUUAUCGCGGGCGCGCUCCCACAGAUUUUGAGCAAAAAGAGACUGCUCCCAUUCUACUAGCCUGCGAACAGCAGAUGCGUUUCCGGUCGUCCCUUCUCUUCCUCCGAAAAAUAGCUGUUUUUGGGAGGGAGAGAGGCGACGACCGGAAAUGCGUCUGCUGUUCGCAGGCUACCAUUCUACAGUCCUACUAACCAUUCAAACGAAACCUCUUUAGCCAAGUACUUUCAAAUGGUGUCGGUAUUUUCCAAGAGGAAUUCUUGGAUGCUCUUGGGAGUGAAAAAGUUAGAUGAAUAACAGAGUUUUUUUUCUGUAUUCUUAAAGGCAAAUUAAACAAAAUGGUCAUCACUUUGGCUGGAUCAGAGAAAGUAGAUACCAGUUCCCUGCGGCUGCAGCUCAUAAACACUGAAGGAAACCUCAUCCGUGAUGUGCCCCUUCAAAGUCGGUCAGGUGACCGCGUCCAUUUUACCGCCAUCAUAACUCCGGCUGCAUCAAAGCCGUUCUUUAAGCUAAAGCUCAAAGGGAGCACGCAAAGCGGUAACCCAUUUGAGAGAAUUUCCCAUCAAGUUAUUAAGCCCACCACUGCUGUUCUAAGGGCCAAGAGGGCCAGCAAUGAUUACACCCUCCCUCUAAGGAGAAACACGUUUAUUCAUUUCCAGCUGUGUAACUUUGGCAACACCGAAAUUUUUAACGUUGCUGUCGUAAAAGAUAGAUUGCGUUACAUUGACCGUUCUCGGCUUCCGAGCCCUAAACGCGUGAUCAAAGGCCGUUGCGUGACUAUCGCUGUUCGCGCCCGAGCUACUCGUCAAGAGGACGUGGAAACCACAGAUUCUGUGUUUGUCAUCGCAAAAGGAAACAGUUCAAGCGUUGUUGUUUCGCAAACAGUACGUUUAUUUGUGGUGUCGUAGAGAAAAACAAACAGCACUUCUAGUAAAGAAACGCUAAC